AUGUUUCAGCGACCAUUUGAAUUAGGACUCUCUUAUGGUGUAAUUAAGAACAUCGAAUUAGAUCUAUCAGAAAAAGUACUGUUAGAAUCUAUUUCUUGCUCAAUUGAGGUGGCCAACGUGAAACGACUCAAACGCAGAAAGCAGGGGGAUGGAGAAUCUGGCUGGACUGAAAGUGAAUCGGAGAAUUCUACACCAGUUACUUAUGCACAGGCCGUGUUAUCGAGCCCCAUUAACAAGAACAAACUGGACACUCGGGGAGAAAAAUCUGUUCGAAAUUACACAACUAAGAAGAUUAAGAAGAGAAUUCAAGAACCUAAUUUAGAAGAGUAUAUACAUGAUGGCAAUAUGUCGACAGAGUCUGAAAGUAGUGUAAUAGAAGAAGAGUGCGCUCAUUUCGAAAUUUCAAGUAACCCACAAGAAGCCUAUGAUGAUUUUAUCACUUUGUUGUUCAAAGCCGCAGAAGCAAGUAUUCCAUUUAUUAAAAUAUGCCUAAAUCCCAAGGCUAAUUUUAUUCCUAAGCCAUAUUGGACUCCUGAUCUGUCUCACGCUGUUGCAGAGAGACGGCUAGCACUUAAAACAUUUAGACAGAAUCCCACACCGGCUAAUUUAAAUAGAUUGCAGGAAAAAACUCGCAAGGCUCAAAAACUAAUUAGAAACGCUAAAAGUAAAGAAUGGUGGGAAUUUUGUACGUCCUUGAAUGAAAUAUCUUCAGCUUCUGAAAUGUGGAGAAAAAUGCAGUGGUUAAAAGGUUAUACAUCAGCUAAACCACAAAUUGAAAAAAAUAUUGCUGAGUCAUUAUUGUGCAACUUAACCUCUGACUAUGUAAGUCAACCCUACCCAGGUUACACAUCUCAAAAUCCUAAAUUAGAAACCGAAAUAUCUAGAUCGGAGCUUUAUAAAUGUUUAAAAUCUAAAGACACGUGCCCGGGCGCAGAUGAUAUCUCUUAUUCAAUGUUACUUAAUUUACCUAUAGUGGGCCAAAACGUUUUACUCAAUCUUUAUAAUGUAUUUUUUACACAAAGCUUUGCUCCAUAUCAAUGGUGA